AUGCCAUUAAUUAUCACAAUUCACAACUGUAUAGGCCUCCUAUCGGUGGUAAUACCUCCCGAUAUAGCAGACAGCGAGGGUUCAGAAGCCAGUGCUGUUGAGGGAGGAUCAGUGGAACUAAAGUGUCAAGCUAAUGGUGUACCUGAACCUUCUACAGCGUGGAAGCGAGAGGGCGGACGAAAUAUCAUCUUCCGAGAUGAAAAUGGGAAUGAAGAGAAAGUGGUGGAAAGUUACGUGGGUCCAAGCCUGUUACUGAAGGGGCUAAGACGAGCUGACAUGGGCACUUAUUGGUGUAUAGCGUCGAAUGGGGUGCCGCCCAGGAAAAGCAGGAAAUAUGAGGUCAUUGUACUUUUUCCGCCGCUGGUUCGACCUGCAACUGUGGUCGUGUGGCGAAUGGUGGACAUGCAAGUAACAUUACAAUGCUACGUCGAGGCAUCGCCUAAAUCCCUGGCAACAUGGCAACGUGGGAAAUCACAUACAGGUGCGAAGCUACUGAACAGCUCGAAAUAUAUCAUAUCUGAAGACAAUAAAUAUAACAAUCAGAAUAAGUUCGCAGUUCGGAUGAACUUGACAAUAAAUCGCUUGAAAAGGAACGAUUUUGGUGACUACACUUGCUCCGCUGUGAAUGCUUAUGGAAGAGCUAAUGCUACGAUCACCUUGAAAGAAACGCCACAGAAAACCACGACAACUACGACGACGACUACAACAACUACAACAACACAGCGACCAACAACAACAAUACGAACAACGACCCGCCCGCCGAAACGACACCUCAAAAAACAACAAAAUCAAAACGCGUUGGAUAUGGAAAAUAAUCACGUAGGCGUAAACGCACUAAACUUUUACAACAUAAACAUGUACGGAACACCGAACAGUAGCCAAUCUCAUCAUAAUGAAUACAGCCAAAGAGUUGAACGACAAAAAGUUCGACCGUCAGGCCCACCAAGGCAUUACGUAGUGUAUAACAAUGGUAUACGUCUUGUAUACAAAUAUAUAUUUAUAUUCGUCAAUUUAUUAUUGAUUGUAUAA